AUGCUCCUAUAUCCGAACUGCGGUCCUGGACCACAGUUCUCUAUUUAUAGGACUAGACUUCGCUUUGACUCGGACUGGAGUUCGAGUUUUGAGGACUCCAGUUCGGCGGACUCCAGUUCUGCGGACUCCAGUACAUGUUACCAAAAAAACGAUGAUGAAAUGUUGGCCACCGCCUUAGUGCCGACUAGUUUCAAUAAUCGAUCGGCCCUAUUCAAAACACUUCUUGAUCAAGGAGCAACCGCCAAUCUGAUUUCUUUGAAUGCGUGUCGGUUAUUGAGCAUUAAGUUUCCGCGUUGCAAAAUGACAAUGACUGGAGUCGGCAACGUACCGGUUGGAGAAGCACUCGGACGAGUGACCAUUGAAAUUGGAUCUGCACAAAACAAAGACUAUAAACUCAUCAUCCGUGCAGUUGUUGUUCGAUGUAUCGGCGAAAUCGUGGGAUUCAAUAGAAAGAUUGUCAAAGAUUGGACGCACUUGCAAAAUUUGCCAUUGGCCGAUCCAACUUACUUUGAGCCAGCUAAAAUCGACUUGCUACUGGGUUCAGCUACACACGGUGACGUCGUUUUGUCCGGCGUAGUUAAAGGUAAACGUGAGCAUCCCAUUGCACAACACACCGAGCUUGGAUGGAUAGUCUACGGUCGCAUGAAUAUUUCAGAAAGAACAACUGCCAUGUGUCAUCACAUUAAAGUAAACACACUCGACAAUCAGGACUUUGAUUUGCACGCUCAGUUGAAAGCAUUUUGGGAACUGGAAGAGGUCUCUCACAAACGUAUUCCCACACAAGAAGAGCAAAUGGCGGAGGAUGUAUUUAAAAAUACCGUUCGUCGAGCUACCGACGGUAAAUUUGUCGUUGAUUUACCAUUCAAAAUAAAUCCAUGGGAGCAACUUGGUGAAUCACGAUCGAUUGCUGAACGUCGAUACAAAUCCUUGCAAAGACGAUUCGCAAAAAAUCCUGAUUUUAAAAUAAAAUAUGAUGCCGUCUUGGAAGAAUAUUUAUCGUUGGGCCACAUGCAAAAGGUUAACGAUUCUCCAUCGUUCCAAUAUUUUUUGCCUCACCAUGGCGUCUUAAAGGAAUCGAGAACCACCACCAAAGUAAGAAGUGUAUUUGAUGGUUCAGCAAAAACAAGUACUGGCAUUUCAUUAAACGAUUGUUUGUGCGUCGGGCCAGUGAUUCAACCUGAACUGUUUGACAUAUUGUUCGACUGGCGAAAAUUCGAGUUUGCAAUUUCAGCUGACAUAGAAAAAAUGUAUCGAAUGGUUUAUGUAAAUCCAAAACACGCCAAUCUUCAGUCAAUUCUAUUUCAUAGACCGGGGACCGACGGAAUUGAAGAAUAUCGGUUAUUGACUGUAUCUUUUGGCACAAGCAGCGCUGCCUUCCAGGCUAUUCGAAGUGUCCAUGAAGUGGGUGAACGAAUAAAAUCCUCCAAUCCAUCACUCGCAUCGGCCAUCCAAAAGAAUUUUUACGUUGAUGAUUUUUUGAAGUCGUUUUCGUCAACUGAUACUGCGUUCAAAUUCAGGAAAGAGCUCGACGAUACAUUGAAUGAAUAUGGAUUCAAGCUUCGAAAAUGGAAAACAAACGAGCAACGAAUUCUGGAAAACGUUGACGACACAGAUCGUGAAGAAUGCAUCAGUUUCGAGUCAACAUUCAAAACUCUCGGCAUUGCAUGGCAAGCUCAUUCAGAUGAAUUCAUUUUCAAAUCGCUCCAACACGAAGCAGUUGGAACAUGGACAAAGCGCAAAGUAUUAUCAUCCAUCGCUAAGUUGUUUGAUCCAUUGGGAUGGUUGGCUCCCUGUAUCAUUAAAGCAAAGAUUUUGAUGCAGGACAUUUGGAGACUGUCUAACGAAAUUUCUUGGGAUUCAGAACUGCCCACUCAACUUGCUUCACAAUGGUCAUCGAUUUUCAAUGAAAUCACUGCUCCAGUGCCAAUCAAAAUACCUCGUUGGCUUCGAUUAUCCGAUUCACAACGAGGAAUCGAAAUUCAUGCAUUUGGUGACGCUGCAAAUCUCGCGUAUUCGUGUUGUGUUUAUUUGCGAAUAAUUCACAAUGACAACACCGUAUCAUGCAAUUUAAUUGCCGCAAAAACGAAAGUAGCUCCAAUUAGGGUGUCAACUAUACCACGUUUAGAGUUGUGCGGUGCCCUAUUAGCCUCAAAACUUGUCGUUCGAUGCAUUCAAGCAUUAUCACUGGUCGAUUUCAAAGUCUUCGCAUGGAGUGACUCAAAAAUUGUGCUCGCUUGGCUCUCAACACAUCCAAGCAAAUGGGUUACCUUUGUUGCCAAUCGAGUAAGUGAAAUACAGCAAAAUGUCGAUUCAAGUCGUUGGAUGCACGUUCCGUCAAAACAGAAUCCUGCCGAUAUCGCAUCACGUGGACUUUCGGUAAAUGAGCUCGAAAAAUCAUCGCUUUGGUGGCACGGUCCUUCAUUUUUAACCUCACCAAAUGAAUCGAAUCCAAAACAAAAUCACAAUUUGCCGAUCGACCAUGCCCCAGAAAAACGCAAAACGAUCAAAACACUUCCCACAGCACCGUUGAAAACGAAUGAAGUUUUGAAUUGGUUUUCCGACUACACUCGUUUGUUGCGAUUCACAUGCUAUGCUAUUCGUUGGCUGAAAAAAUCCAAAAAACAAAUUGAUUCGAUGAAGGGACCUAUCACCGCUUUGGAAAUUGAUGCCGCUGAAAAAUCAUGGAUAAAGAAUGUGCAAAGGGAAUGCUUUGGUCACGAAAUUGCUCGUUUGAAAGGAAAACUUGGCUUGCCAAAAAACAGCAAACUCAUCAAACUGACACCAUUUAUGGAUGACAAUGGUUUUCUAAGAAUGAACGGCCGUGUUGGUAACGCCGAAAUGCUUGAACAAAAAAUAUCCAUCAUUUUGCCAGCCGAUUCACCUUUGACUCGACUCAUCAUUCAAGCCGUACACCAAAAACAAGUAUUACACGGUGGAGUGCAAUUGACUUUGCGUGCUUUACGCGACCGCUUCUGGAUAAUACACGCACGCAACCAGACGAAAAAACUCAUCAACAAAUGCAUGGUAUGUUAUCGCACGAAGAAGAAAUUACUCACACAGCAAAUGGCCGAAUUGCCAUCAUUCAGAACACAACAAGCCCGACCAUUCACAUUCGUGGGCACCGACUACGCUGGGUAUUUUGAGAUUAAAACUAGUGAACGUCGCAAUGCUCCCAUCGCAAAAGGAUACGUUGUUUUGUUUAUCUGCUUAACAACGAAAGCCAUUCACCUCGAGCUUGCCUGUGAUCUUUCAUCGGCCGAAUUCAUCAUGGCUUUGGAAAAUUUCAUUGCACGUCGUGGAAUUCCAACUGAAUUGUGGGCUGAUAACGCUACUAAUUACACCGGCGCUGAAAAGGAAAUUCGUAUUUUGCAUGAUCAAAUGUUGUCCCAAACGAACGAAUUAACUCGACUGCUUUCGAACAACCGCAUCACCAUCAAACAUACGCCGGCACGAGCUAGUCAUAUGGCUGGCAUUUGGGAAAGGGCAGUUGGAAUGAUGAAAUAUCAUUUGAAGCGCGUCAUGAAAGACACAAAGUUGACCGCCAGAAGAUUCGAUCACGUUUUAAAGCAAAUCGAAUGUUGUCUUAAUUCCAGACCGUUGUGGUCGGUUUCACCGAAUAGCGAUGAUUGCGAAGUAAUCACGCCAUCUCAUUUCUUCAAUUUUCAAGCCAUAAAUUCGUUGCCAAGACCCGAUCUUUCUCACAUACCCAUGAAAAGAUUGGAUCAAUAUCAAUAUCUGCAUCGUCUCUACUCGGACUUUUGGAAGGGUUGGUCUAAGGAAUAUCUCGAUCAACUACAAGCAAGGCAAAAAUGGGCUAAAGAAGAGCCCAACGUUCGAAUCGGACAAAUUGUCGUCAUUUCCGACGACAAUGUACCACCCAGCCGGUGGCCAAUUGGUAAGAUAACUGCAGUAUAUCCAGCAAAAAAUGGAUUGAUUCGCAUUGUGGACGUUCUAUGUCAUGGAUCUGUUCUAAAGAGGCCGAUACAUCGUUUGGGAGUACUUCCAAUCUUGGACAAUUCGACUGAAUUGAAUCGCCCAGUUCCUGACCGCUUCAAUGAGGGGGAGAAUGUUGUGGAUUUAUUGAAUUAG